AUGGUAAAUUUCACCAUCCUCGCCGGCGGCUACGAUGUCUUCAUCGCAUCAUACCUCUUCGACUCAGUCGCAUCCACUCUAUCACUGACAGGACAGUAUCCAUCCGGUUCCAAUCCUUCUUGGAUAACGUUGCAUCCUACCAACAAAAGCAUCUUGUACGCGACAAACGAAAAUACUGAAGGAGCCGUUCAAUCCUUUACAGUCACGUCAAAUGGCGUACUCUCCACGACAGUCGACACGGUCCCGACCGAUGGCGAUAGCCCUGCUUUCGCAGUUGCUCUCUCCACAGGACAAGUCGCUGCAAUGAAUUACGGGAGUGGCAACGGACGCAUCAUUCCUACAACAAGCACGCCGUUGGAUUUUGACAACACCGCCAGCGUGAUUUCGUUCCCCACCCCUAGCGGAGGCGUAUCUCACCCUCACAUGGCACUAGAGUAUGGAAGUGAGGUGUUAGUUCCUGAUUUGGGGCGCGACCAAAUCUGGCGGCUCAGGGAGAACGGAUCUGCCGGAAACUGGAAAAUCGCUGGGUCAAUUGCCCAGCCUGCAGGUUCCGGACCGAGGCAUAUAGCAGUUGAAGGUGAUCUGCUGUUCACUCUACACGAACUCUCAUCUACCCUCACGGUCCAGAAGAUCCCUUUGCUUGAUACCACUGAGACUGCCGCACUUCUCGCUAAUGUUUCCAUCAUCCCCCCAGACCCGCCGGUCAACGCGUCUUUUGCCGCUGCUGAGCUUCUCAUUCCCAAAACCUCAAUAAAAUUCCCCGUGCAGUACAUAUACGCGUCAAACAGGAACGUCGGGGAGAUUGACGAACGUGGUGACGCUAUCGCGAUCUUCCAGUAUGUUGCAGGGAAGCUGGAGCUCAUCACACACGUGUACACAGGCUUGGACCAGGUGCGUGGAAUGGAGUUUGGUGGCGAGGACUCUGAAUACUUGGUCGCAAGUGGUGUAGCUGGAACUGCUGGUGUUGCGGUGUUUCGUAGGGUCAGCGAGGGGAGGAGUCUCGAAGAAGUGGCAAGAAACACUGAUAUCCCCACUAGAUCAACCUUUGUAUGGCUGUAA